CGCAGUCUCUCGGACUUUGCUGGGAGGUCGGUGUCCGAGGUCGGGGACGGCUUGGGGGUUGUACAGCAGGGCCAAAACACCCCUAUGUGCGUCGGCCUGUCUACGGUAUCCAGCCAAGGUUCUUUCCACGCCACUCCGUCAGGCAGCUACUCGCCACGUUUGCCACGAACAAGCAGCCAGCCAGGUGGAACGAUGCUCGGACAUGUUACGAGAGCUAAAGUACUUACACCUAUGUAGCUAUCUCGCAUUUUUCUGAGAAAGUAAAUGUUUUCACGAAUAUUACCACGCGCAAGUACGUUUUUGUUUUUCAAGGCACACUCUAAAGUACGCGCGAACCGAAGAAUACGCUCACCACUCGAAAGCAGAUUCCCGGAGAGUCCCCUUCGCCGUGUCCAUUCACAACCUUAUGUUGGAGGAUACUAGUGUUUAUCCAUCAUGUCAUCAAAAUACUGCGUGACUGGUUAAAGUCGAAUGCACGUGAUAGAAGGCUCUAUGGUGAUAGACAUCCAGCGUCACGAUCAUGUUGAGAAACUUAUGAAAGACUACCUUCUCUAACUUGUCGAGAACCGAGCGAGUAAUAAGACAGGACGUUGUCUCGGAGUGUUACAGGAGAGUCACGUGGAUAUGGACUUCGUUGCGUACGAUGUGGAGGACGCAGAGGUAUCGCACAUGUUCAAUUCUACCAAGGACAAUUCCGGUGGGGGGCUGAAAACCUUGACCACAUCGGCCACGAAGUCGACGGGCCCGCCGGAACAGGGCGAGGACAUUGGGUCUCCGAAGAGAAGCCAGACAGCGUCUUCGCACACUGAGCGAACAUUAAGGCUAUCGUUCAAGCGUCCUCAGCAUCAUCCUUGGCCCUUUUUCUACUGGCAAAAGAAUGCUCCAAGGAUAUGACUCUCAAGGAGGAUGCGAACGCGAUAGCUCUAAGAGCAACUGCAGCGUCCAAAACCGCAAUGACCGGGAAAAACACGAAAGCAUGUCUGCUGCAGAAGGCGGGCAACAGUAACGCCCAGGGGGCCUUCUCCAGUAGCUCUGUGGGGACGAUCGAAAGCCUGGCUAGCUGUUCGGCUUCCUCAGAGGGGAUGGUGCAGCAGCCGAGCACUAUGUUAACGACGGCGACGCGCACCACGAUGGCUACGGAAUUUUCUUCGCUCACGUCCUCGCGGACAGAGAUCACACUCGCCAGGGAGAGCUCUGAGGAACAUCAAGGCUCCACUGUUACGGGUCAACAGAUUUUCAUGUUGCGGAUUUUUUGAUUCUACUAUACCAUAGUAAACAAGCUGCUGUAACAAGUUACUGAAUUGCACUAAUUAAUUUGUAAGUUUAACAUAGAAGUUGAUAUGUCUCUAUUUCGCAAUAUGACCAUUUUUUUGUUGACAACCAAACUGUUUACGUGAUCACGUCUAACAUUUCUUCUGCUGAGGGCGAUAAGUCUUCGAGUACCUCGGUUAGUGCACGCAAGUGGCAGUCAACAAAUGGCGUAGCGAAAGAGGAACAAGAAUGCGCAGUGCCAGAAAAUCAAGACACGUCCGUUCUUGUCAAAAAUAGCGACAGCUGCGACGUUCUUGCACAGACGUCGGCUAAACGUCGACAAGACGGACACGACCAAAAAGAGAGUGGACCGAAGCGGUUCGCCAGCUACGUCUGUCACGGUGGCGUUUGGUUCUGCUGCAGGGACAAGCACAUAUGCCCGACAACCGUUUCCGAAGUGCUGCGACAUCGGGAUACCGUCGUUGCCCUUGGGUAUAUUUUCAAUUUGUUACAAAAUUAUUGCUUUGUGAAUCAUGAUUAUGUUGCGGCUUAUUGUCGUGUCAUAUUUGUUGUCUUCAGACUAUGCAGAAGUUCUGGCACUUUUCUUACGCUUACCCAGUUGUUAUGUUGCAGCAAUUAAUGUCUGUAGCGCUGUAGCAUUGCUGGGCUGAAAAGUACUAUUACAUUACAUUACUUACCUACUUACUUACCUACUUACUUACUUACUUACCUACUUACUUACUUACUUACUUACUUACUUACUUACUUACUUACUUACUUACUUACUUACUUACUUACUUACUUACUUACUUACUUACUUACUUACUUACUUACUUACUUACUUACUUACUUACUUACUUACUUACUUACUUACUUACUUACUUACUUACUUACUUCCUUACUCGUACGUACGUGCGUACUUACUUCGUCACACUUACUUAGUCACACUUAGCCGAGUAAGAUGCUGAAGCAAGACGUUCUUCAGCGGAGUUUUACUUAGAGCCAGGACACGGACACCAGGAACAAGAACAACAACAUCUACUCAAGGUACCUGCAUGCGACUUGCGGACUUUGAAGUGGGCCCCCGAGAAGCAAAAGGGUUAAACUCUGCUCGUCUUACCGUGUACGACUCUCGCAAUGUUGGACAAUUUGUGUUAGCGGAAUGAUCGAUGUUCUUAUUUGUUUAUAUAAAUACUCAGCGUCAGCCCCACUAGUUUUUGUGACGAUAUUCUUCAUUAAAUCCAAUAUUCAUCUUGACAUAUGUCGACUGCACUCGUUUAUCAAUCCGUGUAAAAGUGACACACUAUGAUUUAUGUAUCUUAGGUUAAUGAUGUUCGUUGUUGUAGUCUAGGAACUAUGCCUACUCGUACCGCUACAGCGAACUCACUCUUGGAGAUUUACCCAAACGCGAACGGUCUGAGUUUCAACCAUGAUAAGUAGUGGAUAAGAUGAACCGCCUAACACUGUCAUUAACACUGCUGGAUCAUGAUUCUAUGAUCUAUCAAUUGACACCCUAUUUGACUCUUCGUAUUCUUCAUAUGAUCCUAAUCUUCAUCUUUUUGAUGUGCUUUCUCACACACUUGAGUUUUGUUUAGAGGUACAGCAUUCAGGAAGAAGUGCCGCAUCAUCAUCAGUAAUUAUGCAUGAUUCGUCGAUCUUGAUACAGGAUUUGGAUAUUUCUUUGUAUAAUUAGUUAGAUUUCUUUCUGCUCCCAAGAGAAAACAUGGUCUCAUAUAUUUUGUCGUAUACAGCUAAGUCCGUAACGUUGCGUGUAUCAGGUGGGACACAUCAGGGGGGUCUGGUUUCGUUUGCCUACUAUGAAGUUAAUGUACGUGAAAAAAAUCAAACAGUUCUUUUUCUUUGGUUCCAGGGCUAGGUCGCGAUCAGAGGCACGGCAGUAGCGGUCGAGAGUCAGUAGCUACACGUAAGUACACCGACAGACGACAGAUAUCCGACCGAAGAGAGGGGCCUAUCGUCGAUACUAUUCUCUAAUUAGAUCAACGAUUCGUAUUUUAAUGAUAUCGUGGCGGGUCUUUGCCGUGUACUUGUAGUUCUAUAGUUGAGACAAGCAUCAUAAUUAGCCCAAUCUUUCAAGAUGCUACAGUGUAUUGUAAAGAAAUCGAUUUUCUUCGUUUCCCAUCAACAUGUGCUUAUUAUCUUUGCAAAAUAUAUGCGAACUUCAUGGUAGCUCAUCAAAACGGUAUACCCACGCGUGGGCGGGAGGUGAUUCUAAAGCUGUGGGGCAAGAGGUUCUUAGGGAUUUAGUGAGAUUGUUGUUUGAGUUUGUCGAAAAUGCCAAAACGGUUUCCUGAUCGGGAAUCACCCUCGAACAAAAUGAGUACAUCGUGAUGCAUGUCUGAAGGGCGACGGCGCGCCAAACUAGAGGUCGAGCAUUUCAUUCUUCUUAUUAUUUGUCAUAUCAAGCGGCCGGACCCAUCGAUCUGCUGUCUGAAGAUUUUUUCUGCAUUGCUUUUUUUUUAUUGUGCGUGCAUCUUUGUACUACGUUCGCUCAUACACAUGAUACGGUGAAUAUUGAUUUGAUCAUGAUACCAGAAUAAGUCGCCACGACCAAUAGUUGGAAGUGAUAAAAGGAUGGGUUACAAAUAUCUUUUUAGCAUCAGCAAUAGCAAGAUAUCAACGUGCUUACUGUAACUCAUAUUCAAUCAUGUUGUGCGUUGAGGCCUCGUUGGCCUGACUUUGAAAAUCAAAAUUGUGAAUUGUGGUCUAAAAUAGUGCGGGGUCGUGGGUCCACUCACCGGGUUGUGUUAGUUACGUCAUUCCGUCUCUGGUCGUCACAGUGGUGACCACGGACUGCCUUGUCACCGUGAGUGUAGUUAUUUAAGGACCCGACGCCGGAGCGUUAUGUUGAACUAGCCUCCAUCUACAAUCUUCACUUGCCGGCCUUGUCAUUAUCUAUCAUGAUGAUGCGAGGUGUUAUGUGAGCUUGGGCUGCAGCAAUUUCAUGGCAUGGCUCCUUCUUCUACUUAGACAGAACUCCCAGUCCGCGCGCUGAGAGGGGGAGGCCCGCGGGGAAGGCCCUUGCUCCAGUUAAUUUAUUGAUUAUGACAGAAAGACGUUUAGUCUAGCGGAUGGUUGUGGCUGUGAGGUGUGAUUACAUGUGAAGGGAUGUUCGACUACGCUGUACUUGCUCCUUGUUGUUGCUACUGGGUUUCAGGUCCUGUGUAAAAUAUUUCCUCAGGUGAUUUUACAGAAUACCCGCAUUCACCCAGGGAAACCGAUUGUUACAUUCAUCUCGCCUGAAUUAUCUGUCCGCUCCAGUCACAGCGAACCGUCAAAACCUGUUCAGCGUGGUGAAGAAGUAAUUGGCAAAGCCGCAGUCUCUCUAUUUCAGUUCCUCUUCUAUCUAUCCAAAUCGCCUGUUUUCAGGCUGGGCAUUUUAACAACAACAGCAACAACAACCCAGAACAAGAACAAGAAAAGCGAAAACCAACUUCCAAUUCCAGCAGAACUGAGACUUUUCCGCUACGACAACCUAACUUGAUGUCUUCGCCUCCUCUACAUGUACGGAGUACUCGGUGAACGGUACCAGGGUGAAAUCCGUCAAUUUGAUGAAAAAAGAGUUGCCUGAGGAACCGGGACGCAAGAUGAGUAAGUAACUACUUCACUGAAUGGCCUCACGCAUAAACACGAACGAUGGGCAUAAAAGAGGCGCCAUGACUAUGAUCUGACAUACGUUGGGACUCUAGUAAACGUCCGCACAGCCGUAAGAGAGUCUGCCAAUCUCUCACCAAUGGCAUCAUACUUGAUUUCGUUGAAGACGGAGAAACUUUAGUCCACUCUUUACGAAGAACGUAGCCAGUUUUCUAUCGAAGUCGGUCUGAAGCUGUUCUCGACCAGCGUCACCAGUUACUAUAUUCGACAUAUGGAGAUUGAGUUGUAUGUAGUAAAAAUGUACUAGAGGUGGUGCGGGAGGUCGUGCGGAAGUUAUUAACUAUCGGAGAAUUAGUAUAAGAUGAAGACCACAAUAGAUGCUGAAGGUGGUUGCAGCGAAAAGAAAAGGUGGGCUAUCAGUGUGGAUACGUAUAAUUAGCGAUCAAGGUAUUAUACGUAGACCCAAAUCUUUUUUUUACAUUUAGCAAUUGCCACCCUUAAAUAUAUAUUGUCUUAACAGCAUUUAUCUUCUAGUUUCAUUUUAUUACUUUGCCGUGUGUCAGAGUCAGGACGUCAGAAGGUGAGUCUUGCUGUUUUGAAUUUGCAAAAGCGACGGCUUUUUUAUAACACGAACAAUGAAGAUGUAGAUGAUGCUUUUCAAGCGGCUCUCCUCGACGUGAAGAUUGACGAGGGUGAUAGAAAAGCUACUGCUUUUCUUGCCCGACAUGUCUCUGGGGUGUGUUAUCUAAGGAAGAUAAGUAGAUCGAAAUGGUGUCUCCUGUGCAGGUUGGUAAUCUUAAUUGAUUGAAUUCAUCAAGGGAAGGCGGUAUAGUGAUGCGCCUCGCUUGUAAAAGUUCGUGCUAUGAAUAUGAUGAGUGCAUUUACUUAUCUUUGAUAUAAUUGACGACGCAAUCGUCAGUAGUCCGGCCUUGGGUAACUAAGAGAAUGAAAAAAGUUCGUAAGCGAUCCUCGCGCCGCGUGGCGGACUAGGGGCAUUGCUUUAGUGACUUCGUUUUCAUCUUUGAGCGUUCGACUAGCAAAGUUAUCUACGUUGUACUCGUUGUAAGGAUGAUGCUACGUAGUUUAGUGAAGAUGUGUACUAGCUUCCACGACAAGCUUCGCCCGGCUCCAAAUUUAGCACUUCCUCGCCCACGGGCUACAGCUAGAGAGGGCCCGCGGGCCGGGUAGUGCACCUCGAUGAAGUGACUAAGGCGAGACUGCCGGCGCUCACUUACUUAGCUACGUCGACCCAUGGGAAGACAAGCGAGCAGCUUUCGGUUUUUCAUUGGACUGCCGGGAGGCCAUUCAAAUUCUUCAGAAUUUGCAAGACCCCCACGGCAGUCCAACAAAAAACCGGAAGAGAGCCACCAGACACGUAUAAGGGCCUGCAGGGCCCAACGCUCAUAACCGGCCUGCGGUGACAGGCAAGAGAAGACCAAGAGUGAGGGCAGGGGGACCUUGACGGGCCAAGAAGAAGCAACGCAUGGCCGCGCUGGCUGGGUCUCUCUGUGUGCAGCUGUUUGCUGAGCUUGGCUCUCUCCUUCGUCAGAUGUCUCUCGUCAGAGAGGCGGCGCUUGCCGGAGGGGUGUCAGCCUUGCGGAAGGCUGACGCUUUUCGUCAGGCCGAUGUCUUUCGUGUUCGUCAGGCCGACGCCCUUCGUCAGACUGUCUGUUUUUCUUCUAUCGUCAGGCCGACGUCUUUCGUCCGGCUGACGUCUUUCGCCUGGCCGACGUCUUUCGUCAGGCUCGGCUGAUGGUGUUCGUCAGACUGACGCCUUUCGUCAGACUGAUGCCUUUCGUCAGACCGGCGGCGGUUGUCAGACGGGCCGCUGCCUUUCGGCCGAUGUCUGUCGCCAGACCGCGGCCUUUCGUCACGCCUCGGGCCGACGUCUUUCGUUAGAGGUCUUUCGUCAGACGGAAGCUUUUCGCCAGGCCGGCGCCUCUCUCUCUGUCUUUCGUCGGUUUGGCUUUGGCGUCUCUCUCUCUUUCAGCUUCGUCUGACUGACGCAUUUCGUCAGGCUGCCGCCGUCAGAUGUCUUUCGUCAGAGCGAAGCCGGCCCUUCGUGGGAGGUUUUGCGCCAGUUGUCUUUCGUCAGGUGUCUCUCGUCGGAUGUCUUUCGUCAGACGUCUUUCGCCAGGCCUCUCCGCUGGCCAUCCGUCAAGCGUCUGUCGUCGGACGGCAUUCAUCGCCAUCAGUCAGGUGUCUGUCGUCGGACGUUUUUCGUGAAAUGGGGACGUCUCUCGUCUGACGUUUUUCAUCAAGCGUCGGGCUCGGGCUGUCGUUCGACGUCUUUCCUUAGAUGUCUCGUUCACCAGAACGAAGCCGGCCCUUCGUGCGACGUUUUUCGUCAGAUGUUUCGCUGUCGUUGGAUGUCUUUCGUCAGACGUCUUUCCUUCGCCAGACCUCCUCGCCGGCCAUUCGUCAGGCAUCCUCCGCCAAACGUCCUCCGUCAGACGGCUUUCAUCACCAUCAGGCGUCUUUCGUCAUACGUUUGUCGUCAGAAAUCAUUCGCCUGACGUUUUUCAUCAUGCGAGUGUCGGACGUCUUUCGUCGGACGUCUUUCGUCGGACGUCUUUCGUCGGACGUCUUUCGUCGGACGUCUUUCGUCGGACGUCUUUCGUCGGGCGUCUUUCGUCGGAUGUCUUUCGUCGGACGUCUUUCGCCGUACGUCUUUCGUCGGACGUCUUUCGUCGGACGUCUUUCGUCGGACGUCUUUCGUCGGACGUCUUUCGUCGGACGUCUUUCGUCGGACGUCUUUCGUCGGACGUCUUUCGUCGGACGUCUUUCGUCGGACGUCUUUCGUCGGACGUCUUUCGUCGGACGUCUUUCGUCGGACGUCUUUUGUCGGAUGUCUUUCGGUGGGCGUCUUUUGUGGCAGUCUUUCGCCAGGUGUCUCCCGUCGGUUCAGAUGUCUUUCUUCGGACUUUUUUCCCCAACUUGCACCCCUACCCCCGUCGGGCAUUUUUCCGGCUUCUUUUCUGAAGAGUCUGCCCGGGGGCGCCGUCACCAUCUGCAACAAGAGAGCGGUCGGAGACUGUCGGGGUUUGACGUGGACGGUUGGAUACGAUGGGUUACGGUUGGAGUUUUUGUGGCGGUGAUCAGUGGCGUGAUUUAUAAUAUCGUUUUGCUUUUGCAAUGUUUUAGCCCUAUCAGCUUAUAGCGAUUGUGUAUAAUAAAUUUGCAUGUUAUUUGAUGUUAGAUAGAUGAAGAAGCUAGGCAUAGAUUGAUACAGACAAAUACAGCAGCUUCUCAUUCUGGUGCUGCUGGAGAUUUCGCUUUUCAAGCGAGGUGAUGGCACUGGUCUGUGUGAAGUAUUUGAUUAUGGAACCGAAAAGCACGGAGUGGUCGGUUCUGCUCCACAAACUUCCUCUUGAAAGUAUUCAUCAGUUCAGAGAUAGAGUGUGACAUUGUACUUUUUGUUUUUAGUAGCUAUCAAGAUCAUGCAAUGAAUAUACGUAUCUAUAAGGCAUACUGCAGGAACGGGAACCAACACGUAGUUGAUACAGUACCCGCCCAUGCAUAGUUGAAGAGCUUUCAGAUUCAGUCUUAGAAAUUACCAGACUUGAGUAUCGGGCUUUGCUUGUGGCUGUGUGUGAUGCGGCACCGAUGAAAUAAACAGCAUUGUAAGAAAUAGACCGAUGGAUUUCAGGACAAAAAGGCUUUCUUAGUAAGUUUAUUAGAUGCACAAGUUCUUAUUAGAUGCAUUGAUUUUGAUAGAACCAAUGAGAAGAUAGUAGUACGACUAACAACGAAUUCGGAAGGGGUGAUCAUCAAAGGAUGAAGGCAGUCGGACGUUAGCCGGCUGAUGAAGAUUACAUUGACAUAUGUUCUUCGUCGGAGGAGGAAAUUGUUGUUGUUGUUAUUGUGCAGUCUUUUUCCUUCGAUCUAGAUCUACUUUUUAAUCGACUUCGACAUCAUGCCCAGAGCUCAGAUAGUUGAGGAGGAUGGGCAACUCGACUUCAAAUUCGAUGCUGAAGAGCCAAAUCAUGAUAGACCGAAAUAGAGCACACAAGCCAAUUUCUUUAUAGAUUCUUCUUGUGCAAGAAAGGAGAUAUCAACGUUCUUGUGAGUAAGAAGAAGGAGACCGAGUGUGGCUGACUUUCUUAUGAAUAGCCAUGCUAUAACUCGAAGGGGA